UUUUUUUUUUUUUUUUUUUUUUUUUUUUUUUUUUUUUUUUUUUUUUUUUUUUUUGUCUGUCACGAUGGUGUAGUGAGGUCGAGUGAGGUUGUGACGAUGCCCUGCUUCUCAAUAGGUUUGAGACACGGCACAAUCAUUUUCCUUCUAUCUACGCCUGUCUAGCCAAAGGUUUGUGUUCUUUCAGUCAGCGCAUGCCAGCCAGCGCACGCCUAUCCAAAGGUUUGUGUUCUCUUUAGCCGGCGCAGGCGCAGCGCGCUUGGUGUUGAUGUUUGCCAGCGCCACGCACGAAGGCCACCGUCAACCAACGAUAAGCAAUAACGCUUUUCUCUUUGGUGUUCUAAGCAGCGUCGCAACAGGCUUCACACUCGACGUCUUCUUUCACGACACAGGAUAUUUGGUGUUGUCAGCGCAGGCAUUCGCAGCCCGUCGCACGCACGUCAUCGCCCACGAAAGCUGGUGGUGAAGUGACAACGCCGUGAUGUUCGCGUGAUAUAUUAUGCGCCAAGGGCUACUGAAGCUUGUUAUUAUCGGAUAUACUCGUUGUAGUUACUUAAUUUUCAAUUGUUUCAACUUCGCUGUUGGUUCGUCAACCUGUCAGGCGGUUUCCUUGUUUGGGAUCCAACCAC